ACGUUGUCCUAUCUGAAAUGGGACCUUCGAGUUGUCCAAUCAGAGAGCAUCUUGCCCGAGCUCCGCCCCGGGCUCGGUGCUCCGCUUAUUCUGGCCCACCCUGUUAGCGCCCGCCCGGUGGCGGAGGCGCAGUGCGGUUACCCUAGGAACCUUGAUCAUGUCGCUGCGAGUGGCUAGGAGCGCGUGGGCCGUGGCCUGCAGUCUGCGUACCGCCUUGGCCUCCUGCCCACCGCGGCCCUGGGUGCUGAGCGCCGCCGCCGUCCGAGCUCUGAGCACUGGAUCCGCUGUGCAGUCGGUGCGUAAAUUCACAGAGAAACAUGAAUGGAUAACCACAGAGAAUGGUAUUGGAACAGUGGGAAUCAGCAAUUUUGCACAGGAAGCUUUGGGAGAUGUUGUUUACUGUAGUCUGCCUGAAAUUGGGACAAAACUGAAAAAACAAGAUGAAUUUGGUGCUUUGGAGAGUGUGAAGGCUGCCAGUGAACUCUACUCUCCUCUGUCAGGAGAGGUAACUGAAGUCAAUGAAGCACUUGCAGAAAAUCCAGGGCUCGUCAACAAAUCCUGUUAUGAAGAUGGUUGGCUGAUCAAGAUGACAGUGAGUGACCCUUCAGAGCUGGAUGAAUUAAUGAGUGAAGAAGCAUAUGAGAAAUAUGUGAAAUCCAUUGAGGAGUGAGCAUGGCACUCCCACUCCCAAAUAAAACUGUCGGAAGUAACUUGCUCCAUCAUGCUUGUCUUAAGUUAGUGGAGAAUAGAAGAUCUGAAAUAACUUCUAGCAAUACUGAUGGAAAGAAACUACUCAACAGUGCUACUUAAAAACCCCAACUUCCUGAUGGGUACAGAUAAAUAUAAUGUACAUAUUUUUAAUAAUCUUCAUACUAGGUAUUUAGACUAGGGUUAAGCUCUGGUGUUUAGAAUUCUUGAGAUCAUUUAUGGUAAUAAAGUGGUUAUGAAGCUGGGUUUGGUGACAAACUACCUGUUAGUCCCAGCACUUGAUAGGCAGAUCUCUUGUUUCCAGGUCAGCCUGGUCUACUAACAAGUUCCAGGUCAGCCAGAGUUACAUGGUGAGACCCUACCUAGUGACGACAAGAAUUCCAUAAUUCAGGAUAAUAGUGUUGCAAAUCUCACAUAAUACUGUAACUUGCCCAUAUCCACUGGGAUUCUGGUUGAAGGACUUAAUGUGUUUCUCAUUGGAAAUGCCUGGGAGCACAGGAAACUAUAGUACAGAUGAAGGACAGUACUGUCUUAAUUUUACCAUGUGCUGUGUGGGCUGCCAUUGUUUUUCCACCCUGACAUACUGGUUUUGCAACACAGUGAGAAACAAAUAAAACAUUCAUCCUCUUUGUUCA